GGUCAACAAGGAGAAACCCCAUUCUCUCGUUUGCUCUCUACCAACCAACAAAUACCAACAUCCAACAAUAUUCAAAGCUAGAACAUGAAGACUCUUUUGGUGAUAUCUGCCCUGUUAGGGCUAGGAUCCUCUGCUCCUCAAUGGGAUCGUAUGCGAGCAGUUCAUUACUCUCCACACUUUAAUGGAUAUAAGAACUUUUAUGGACCUGGAAGUAUCCCAAGGCUUGCCAGACAAAAGGCUUCUUCUCCAGAUUAUAUUGAUCCUGAACCUUAUGUACAAAGAGCACUCAAUACACCAAUGGUAAAGGACAACAGGAUAAACGCUCCAAGAAAUGCCUCUUCUCCUUCUGCUGCUGCAGCUUUAGAGUACAUGAAACAGGUAGCAGGGGAUGACAUCUGUGCAAUAACAACAGCAACUUAUCUGGAGAUGAUUCUGCACAAUGCCACAGCUGAACAGGCCAAUGCUGAAGCUACCAGAGCAUAUAUUCUUGCACAUAAUAAAGGAUUAAAACCAGCAGCUGGAAGUGCAUGCGAAGCAUCUGUUGUAGCAUGGAGACAAGCUGAGAAAGAAGGAACUGACCCUGUUGUCAAAUCUGCCCUUGCCUUUAUGAACAACUUCCCUGGCCUUCAAUCUGGUAACCCUUGUGCUGUUUCUGGAGUUGACUAUGUCAAAGCUAUUCUUGAUGGUAAGUCUCACACUGAUGCUAAUCUCAUUGCUGCAAAGAGUUUUGCUGAGGCUCUGUUUGCCAAAGCUAAAGCUGGAGAAGAAUUGAGAGAUCCUGCAUGUGCCAUAGCUACAAAGGCAUACUUCAAUGCUCUGGAAAAGAAGCCUUCCCCUCCAAAUGCUGCUGCUAUGAUUGCAUUUAUUGACAAAGCAUUUUCUACUCAGAAGUUUGAACAAGAUCCUAUUUGCUGGAGAUCUACUGAGGCCUUCUGGCAAUCCUAUGAGGCUGGAAAUGAUGAGUUGACCUCAAACCUUGCAGCUGCUGAGGUUUUCCUUGAAGAGUUUGCUGCUGGCUCCACAGUUCCUGUAGAUUCUCCAUGUGCUGCUGCAACCAGAGCUUACUAUGAUAAUAUUCCAAACCCUCCAAGUCCAGCCAAUAAGGCAGCUAUGGUUGCCUUCAUGGACAAAAUGAUUAAGGAUGGAAAAAGGAUGCCUGACCCUGUGUGUGCUGGUUCAACCAAGGCCUAUUGGAAGGCAUACAAAGCUGGUGCCUCUGAGGUUGAAGCUAAUCUUGCUGCUGCAGAAGCUUUCUUUGAGGAGUUUGCUAAAGGAUCAACCAUUCCAGCUGACUCUCCAUGUGCUGCAUCUACAGUAGCAUACUUUGAAAAUCUUCCUAAUGCUCCUAGUCCUCCUAACAAAGCAGCAAUGAAAGCAUUCAUGGAUAAAAUGAUUGCUGAUGGACCAAGACAACCAGACCCUGUAUGUGCCAUCUCUACUCGAGCUUUCUGGGAUGCAUGGAAAUCUGGAGAAGAUGAGCUUACAUCCAAUCUUGCUGCUGGAGAAGCCUUCUUUGAUGAGUUCAUGAAGGGAUCCAAGAUUCCUGCUGAUUCCCCUUGUGCAGCUGCUACUCGUGCUUACUAUGAAAACAUUCCUACCCCUCCUAGUCCAGCCAACAAGGCUGCUAUGGAAGCUUUUAUGGAUAAAAUGAUUGCUGAUGGAGAAAGAACCCCUGACCCUGUCUGUGCCAUGUCUCUGCGUGCUUACUGGGAUGCCUACAAAAAUGGAGAUGAUGAACUGAGUUCCAACCUUGCAGCUGCUGAAGCUUUUUUCCAUGAAUUUGCCAAAGGUUCAAACAUUCCUGUAAACUCUCCCUGUGCUGCUGCCACUAGAGCAUAUUAUGCCAACAUUCCCAACCCUCCAUCUGGACCUAACAAGGCUGCUAUGGAAGCAUUUAUGGAUAAAAUGAUUGCUGAUGGCGAGAGAACUCCUGAUCCAGUGUGUGCUGCAUCUACUCUUGCUUUCUGGGCUUCCUUUAAGAAGGGUGCAUCUGAAUUAGAGGCUAAUCUUGCUGCUGGAGAAGCCUUCUUUGAAGAGUUUAUUAAAGGGUCAACAAUUCCUGCUGAUUCUCCUUGUGCUGCUGCAACCAGGGCAUACUGGAAGGCAACUGAGAAGCUCCCAAGCCCUGCCAAUCAAGCUGCCAUGGAAGCUUUUAUGAACAAAAUGAUAACUGAUGGAUCCAAGAGAACUGCUGAUCCUGUUUGUGCUGUUGCUACUCGAGCAUAUUGGGAUGCAUGGAAGGCUGGCAAGGGGGAACUGAAAUCCAACUUGGCUGCUGCAGAGGCCUUUUUUGAUGAGUUUGCCAAAGGUUCUUCUGUCCCUGCUGACUCCCCAUGUGCAGCAUCUACACGUGCCUAUUUUGAAAACAUCCCUAAUCCGCCAAGUCCUGCUAACAAGGCUGCUAUGGUUGCUUUUAUGGAUCAUAUGAUUGGUAAUGGAACCCGUACACCAGACCCAGUUUGUGCUGCUUCCACCAGAGCUUACUGGGAUGCAUGGAAGGAUGGAAAAGGAGAGCUUGAAUCCAAUCUUGCUGCUGCUGAGGGCUUCUUUGAGGAAUUUGCUAAGGGAUCAUCUAUCCCUGCUGAUUCUCCCUGUGCUGCUGCUACCAGAGCUUAUUAUGCUAACAUCCCUAACCCUCCAUCUGGACCCAACAAAGCUGCCAUGGAAGCAUUUAUGGACAAAAUGAUCAAAGAUGGAGAAAGAGUACCAGACCCAGUGUGUGCUGCUUCAACAAAAGCUUACUGGGAAGCCUACAGACAUGGAGUUUCUGAAACCAACGCAAACCUUGCUGCUGCUGAAGGUUUCUUUGCUGCUUACAAUGAUGGCCUAAAUAUUCCAGCUGACUCUCCCUGUGUGGCUGCUACCAAGGCAUAUUAUUCUGCUCUUCCUAAAGCACCAAGUGGUCCCAAUGCUGAAGGUAUGAUCAGCUUUAUUGAUCACAUGAUCAAGAAUGGAGGAAAGAGAAUUUAUGAUCCAGUGUGUGCAGCUGCAUCAAAAGCCUUCUUUGAAGCACAUAGAAACGGAGAUUCUGAACUGACAGCUAACCUCAAGGCUGCUCAAGCUUUCUUUAAAGAAUACAGAAAAGGAUCCACUCUUCCAGCAGACAGUGCUUGUGCUGCUGCUACAAAGGUUUAUCAUUCUCAAAUCAAGAAUAAGCCUAGCCAGCCCAAUGCCCUUGCCAUGAUAACCUUUAUAGAAGAAGCCAUCAGUGGAGAUAACAACAAACUUGACCCUGUGUGUGCAGUUGCUGCUGAAGCAUACUUUGAUGCAUAUCUCAGUGGUAAAUCUGAAGCAAAGGCCAACCAAGCUGCUGGUAUUGCUUUCCUUGAUGCUGUAGCCAACACACCUUCUUAUUCUCCAGAGAGUCCUUGUGGAAGAUCUGCUGAAACAUACAUGAAAACGUUCGAGCUGUAAGAUCAGUUUUGACUGUAUUAAGUAUAUUAUAUUCAUUCUGUAUUUUAUUAAUCUUCAGGAUCAUCAACCUUCCUGAUCUCUAAGUACCAAUCACCUCAUUUAUUUAAAUUUGUAAUAUUAUAAUGAAAUAAAAAUAGAAAUAUG